UCCAGCUGACUUGACGCUGGUGGCAGGAAUGGCGGCUAUGAUUACUAGAGGAAGGAACCCAAAGACCCUGAAACUUUACUUCUAACGGCCCCGCAGAGGAAUUUGUUUCCAGCGAAACGCAGAAGCACCAUCCUACACCGGAUUACAGAGAGAAGGAGUGCUACGCCGUGAGAUUAACGCGGUAGAUGUCCGGGUCGAGGAGGUGGACGCACUUUGCGACUUGCUAGUUAGCCUAACGUUAGUGCCGCUGACUUUGAUUGAAGGUAGCAGUUAGCUCGCUGCACUACUAGCCAGCUGUUGGCGACUUGGCUUGGCUGGCCCAACAAGUUAACUUAGUGAUUAACUGUGUGAAAGCAUUCCUUAUUUGAUUGUUCGGGCUGGGGUCUGUUCUCUGGGUUAGUCGACAGUAUUGGGGACCUUUACAGAGAUUGGGAGCACACGACAACAAGUCGACACGGCGCGUAGUGAACAUUAUUACAGCUAACCCUGAACGUUAGCUUGGCACUAGCUAAGUUGGGAUCCUGAAGUCUCGCCCAUUUUUGGAUCCUGCCCCAGCCAUUGGCUAAGGGCUAAUCAACAGCCAACUAGUCUGCUUUUCAGGGUCAAUUGGUACUACGAUGGAAAGUCUAACGCUGACUGAUGUCGAGCAGAAAUAUUACUCGGAUUUGUUCGUUUACUGCGACACGGACAACACCAAAAAAGUGGCUUCCAAUGGGAGAGUUCUUGACCUUUUCCGGGCGGCCCAGCUACCCAGCGAAGUUGUCCUGCAGAUCACAGAGCUAUGUGGAGCCACUCGGCUGGGUCACUUCGGACGGAGCCAGUUCUACAUUGCUUUGAAGCUCAUUGCCAUCGCCCAGUCUGGGCUGCCCCUGAGGGUGGAAAGCCUCAACUCGGUCAAGGACCUGCCGCUGCCCAGGUUUGUGGUGGGGAAGAAUGAGGCAGAAGCGAGACACGCUGCACUGUACCAGGACACAGAUAGCCAGGGCUUGUACCCAGCCCCUGGUACUGCAGUAAUACCCAGACCACCGGGCCGGGGCCACCAGAACAAGAAAGGUCCCCCCUCAUCCACAUCACUUCCGGUCCACGAGGUCAUCCAGCCGCUAGCACCCAGCAUAGAACCACAGCAGCCUGAACCGACAUCCCCGGUGGUCUCACCUCACCAGUCUCCCCCCACCUCCCCUCCCUCCUGGAGGAAACACAAAAGGCAACACAGUGGAGGAAAUGCAGACAGACAACCAGGGGUGGCUGCAACUGGAGUUGUGUGGACACAGUUCAGAGAACCACAAACGGGUAACAUCCACCGACCCACUGCUCAGUAG